AUGUUCUCGCGUUGCUCUACCACACAGGUUUUGUUUGUAGGCUCGGGCCGCAUCUCCUUGUGCCCCAAAUCUGCAACAACUAUUGGCUCAAGCCACAAAGAGUACCAAGACCGACAGAGGAACAAGUCUCUGCAGAACCCAAGGCGAGCCGAUCUCAGAAGCCAAGACUUCCACCCCGGAGGCACCAGCUACAAUAGGUUGAAUGUACAAAUCUUCGCGAAGCGCCAGGCUGCGUGCUAA